GCGCCAGAGUCCGGGCGAGGAUCCCGGGCGCUGACUGGCGGCGCCCGGCGGCCCUCCUUCUCCGCGCCACUUCCUCGGCCGAGCCCGCCCAGGCCUCGCCUCUCGCCCAGGAAGAAGCACCAUGAGCGGCGCCGCGCUGCUGCUGAGGCUCCCGGCGGCCGCCGCCGCCCCGCGCCUCUCGCGGUGGACCAGCAGCCGCCGCUGCUGGAGCAGCGAGCCGUGCGCCCCUCAGGCGAGCCCGGUGCGGAUCGGCUGCGCCUCGGGCUUCUGGGGAGACACGGCGGCCUCAGUUCCUCAGCUACUCUAUGGAGGGAAACUGGAUUUCCUGGUUUUUGAUUACCUUUCUGAAAUUACAAUGUCUCUACUAGCUACUGCCAAAGCUAGAUCUCCAGAUUUAGGAUAUACUCCUGAUUUUGUAUUAACUGCUAUGGCUCCAUAUAUAAAGGACAUACAUAGGAAAGGUGUUCGUGUGGUCAGCAAUGCUGGUGGAAUGAAUCCACUUGUCUGUGCUUCUGCACUCCAAGAAGUGGCCAGAAAAGCUGGUGUCGACUUGAAGAUUGCUGCUAUUACUGGUGAUGAUUUAAUGGGAGAGUUAAACAGCAUCAAAGAAUAUGCCUCAAAAGAGGAGAAUGGGAAGCCGUUUCCAGAAAACAUUCACAGCAUGAAUGUAUAUCUUGGUGCAAGGCCAAUAAGCAGAGCUCUUGACUUAGGAGCAGACAUUGUGGUGACAGGAAGAUGUGUUGACAGUAGCCUUGUAUUGGGACCACUAAUUCAUUCUUUUGGCUGGAAGAGAGAUGAAUUCGGCCUUUUAGCAUCUGGAAGUCUUGCAGGCCAUCUGAUUGAAUGCGGUGCUCAAUGUACAGGCGGAAUAUUUACUGAUUGGCAUAAGGUACCAGACUGGCAUAACAUCGGUUUUCCCAUAGUAGAAUGUUCUUCUGAUGGAAGUUUUAUUGUAUCCAAACCACCUAACACAGGAGGCCUCUUGUCUUUUGGCACGGUGGCAGAACAGUUGGUAUAUGAAAUUGGUAAUCCUAAGGAAUAUCUCCUGCCAGAUGUCACAUGUGACUUCUCUCAAGUUUCCCUUGCUGAAAUCCCAGGUAUUGAAGGUGGUGCAGUGAAAGUUCAGGGAGCAAAAGGAUUGCCUCCAUCAACAUUUUACAAGGUAAAUGCUACGUACCUUGAUGGAUUCAGAGCUACAGCUUGCUGCCCAGUAGGAGGACCAAAGGCAAUAGAAAAAGCAAGAAGAACUGCUGAAAGUAUUUUGAAAAGGACACGCAUGAUGUUUGAUCAGCUGGGAUAUGAGGACUACAGCAAAAUUAACCUACAGAUUUUAGGUUCUGAGGAAACGUACGGACCGCACGCCAAAAGGAGCACAGACGAUGGUCCACGGGAAGUAGUUAUUUGGCUUGCCGUACUUCAUAAGCAGAAAAAGGCAGUGGAAAUCUUUUCCAGAGAGAUUGCUCCAGCUGGAACAGGAAUGGCACCUGGUCUCACUGGAAUAGUUGGAGGACGUCCAAAAGUAUCGCCAGUUCUGAAGCCAUUUUUCUUUCUUUAUCCAAAAAAGAAUGUCAAGAUUGACAUAUUUAUCAAUGGGCUACAUGUUGAAACAUAUGAGGAGGAUCUUUCGUUCACUUCAGAUGCAGCAAUUUCACAUGAUGAGCCCAUGACUCAGGAAGAGUUAAAAGAUCUACCAAGUGGUCCACAUAUAUAUCGUCUGGAAGAACUUGCCUAUACCAGAAGUGGGGACAAAGGCAAUUCUGCAAACAUAGGUGUAGUAGCCCGACAUCCACUGUACUAUCCAUACCUCAAGAAAGCACUAACUGCUCAGACUAUAGAAGGGUAUUUCCAACAUCUUUUAGAGAAGGAACAGUCUGAAGAGAGCUCGGUCACAAGAUAUGAAAUGCCAGGAAUACAUGGAUUGAACUUUGUUCUGAAAAAUGCCCUGGGUGGCGGUGGCACUGCAUCUCUGAGAAGUGACCCACAAGGCAAGGCGUAUGGGCAGAUGCUGUUGGACUUCCAGAUUAAAAAUGUACCAGAUUUAAAAUCUUUGAUAGAAUAACAAAUCUUUGGCCUCAUUCAGCUUUCAAACAACGUCAAACACAUAUCAACCCAGAAGCACAUGAUUCAUUCAAAAAUCAAGAAACCACCGAAACGUUUUGGUGGCAAUUACCAGUUAAAACGUUCAGCUAACGCCUAUGCACAGAUAAGGAAAUGUUCUGAGUAAUGCCAGAUUUGUUGUUUUGAAAGUGACUGGUAUUUCCUGUCUACUGCAUUGGAUGAAGAGCCUAUUUAUUUCCUGUUAAUAUAAUUAAGCAAUAAAUUUUGGAAUAUCUUUCUGAGAGAUAACCACUGUUCCCCCCCCCAAAAAAAAUGCAUGUCCUUCACUGCUUUUUGGUACAGCAGUAGCUCUAGCAGCACUGUAAUAUAGAGUUUGCUACCAUUAAAUCAUUGUUAUUUGUUUGCAGAUAGAUGCUACUUUAUGGGAUCCAGGAAUUGUUAUUGCCUCAGUCUGCAGGAGGUCUAAUUAUACUAGCAACUCAGAAACACAUGAUUUUUAAUGCUUGCUCAGUCUUGUUUGCUUCUUUCAUCUUUCAUGGUUACUGAAACUUAGCUUCUACAUUAGCACUGCUUUCGUUGGAGGCUUCCAAAUUCCUAUUUGGAUUUAAAAACAAAACAUGUGUUGUGUCCCAGCCUCCCCCAACCUGGUUCCCUCCAGAUGUUUUGAACUUCAGCUCUCAUCGGCCUUAGCCAGCAUACGGUAGUUCCAUGGUAAAUGGAUCAGGGAGGAUAGGCUUUUUUUAUCUAAAACAUCUGGAAAGAACCAGGUUGGAAAAGGCUUGGUUUCAAAAUGUUGCAUCAGUGGUUCAAAGUGUGCAACCAGUUGGGUAUGUAUAUUCAGUAAAUGGUGUAGUAUCUAUUUUAAGUCAACGUGCAGCAAGAUAAAUGAUACGUUAUACAGCUAAUGAAGAAUCACUCUGGAUUUCUCCAGAUGCUGUUGAGCUAUUCCAUACUCUUGAAUUGGUUUCCCAAUUGGUCAGGAAGAGGCAAUUGAAAGGAAGGUAAUCAGACAAGACGAGCAAUUUGAAGUUUCAAUGAUUGCACAUCCAUUGGGAGUUAAAACUUCAUGAGACAACGUAGAAUGCACUCCCCCUGAAUGCACUUUAAUGUAAGUUUUAUUAACAAUGGCAACAAUCCAAAGAACUUAUUUAGAUCAGCCUAAAGAUGGGGGCAAGCCGGGUGAUAUUUUGUAUCCCACCCCCUUUGAUAGAAUCGUAGAAUCAUAGUGUUGGAGGGGACCCCAAGAGUCAUCUAGUCCAACCCUUUGCAAUGCAGGAAUCUCAAGUCAAUCAUACAUGACCACUGGUCAUCCAACCUCCAAGGAAGGUGAGUCCAUCACCUCUCAUAGAAGUCUGCUCCACUGUCAAACAGCUCUUACUGUCAGAGAGUUCUUCCUGAUGUAUAAUCGGAAUCUCCUUCUUGUAACUUGAAGCCAUUAGUUUGGAUGCUAGCCUGCAUCUUCCGUGUGACAGCCCUUUAGAUAUUUAAAGCAAGCACACCAGCACGCCAUGUAACAAGCUGCUUUUGAAACUCUUUCCUUGCUUUGUCAUGGCAAGGUUGGGUGGGUGGACAAAACUGAAGACCCAUAAAUACAAGCAAGCCCUUGGACAUGUUGAACUAGUAGCUUGGUUCUUUGGAUGUUGGCUAAUGAACUUGAAGGUCACAUUUGAUGGCUGGUACAAUGUGUUAAAAAGAUACUACCUCCAGAUAAGUCCACAUGGGGACAGACCCUGAAUACUGGGAAGUGGUUGCUUAUCCUACUUGUACAAACGAUCGCCUUUAGCUAGGGAUGGGGAACCUGGGGGCCUCCUGGUGUUGCUGAACGGCAUAUCCCAUUAUGCCUAGCUAUUGGCCAUGCUGGCUGAGGCUGAUGAUGUCCAGAAAUGUCUGGAAGGCCACAGGUUUCCCCUUCCUGCCUUAACCUUUAUUUGGAAUUGACCAAAUAUUAGCUUAGAGUAGUCUGUGCUAACCUGGUGCAGUGUAGGUGUUUUCGACUACAACUCCCAUCAGCAACAGGUUGGCAUGGGCUGGUUAAGAGUCCAGGCGUCAGAAAUCCGAUCCAUUCAUUCUGUAGUACAGUGAAGAAUGGUAUACAAGUGCAUUCUUCACUGAAAAUGACAGUACAGUUUUUUAUUUUGAUUUUUUUUAUUUUAUUUUUAGAAUUAUUAUUUGUAGCUGUUAAGUGCUUGAAUUUUUUUUAUAUAUAUAACACUAGUUUGGACUAUGUUAACUUUUCCAGAACUUGUAGACACAUAUUAAAUUCAAGACCUGUACACAGAUUUUGCACAUUUGUUCCUCCAGAACAGCAUACAAGCCACUGUUUAUCAAGAUUACAUUUGAAUAUGUUGAUCGGACUUUGGACUUGACAUUGAGGCUUCUGUACAGAACUAAUAAAAGUAGGGAGUACACCCGGGUGUAGUCCCAUCUUCAUUACUGAAAAGUGGUACACAUAAUUUUAGUGUUAAAUAAAUGUUAAAUGG